GGCUGAUCAAGUGAUCAUGGACAUCGAUAGUUGUAUUUAAUCUUGCGUUAGUUUUAACCUAUCACGCUUUUGAUACGUGCAUUUAUGAACUAAUAAAAUACGUUUACCAAGAGUGUUUUAGAAAUCGAACUUAUCAAGAAAUUAUAGUCAAGACUUCUACUAUGUAAGGUUGACAUUACAUAUUGUUAUGAUGUGAUAAAACGCAAGUAAACUACGAAAGUCUUAUGUGCUUCUUUGAGAUAUUUUAAUAAAAAUGAGACAUGCAUCCAACCGAAAUGCAAAAAAGUGUGUCGGUGCAAGUAGACAGUGAUUUUGCUUUGCUGCUGCCGAGUGGUGUCUACGAAAUUAAGAAAAUGGAGCCAAGAUCGAAACUACGAAAAAUAAUACUGUUCUGUUUACUACUCUCUCUGUUCGGAAUGGUUGCUUUUGGAUAUUUCUGCCCAGAUCAGGUGUGCGCCGUGACGCCCCGGGAGCGGGUGUCGGAGCCGGCCGCACUCACGUACGCGGAGGCGCCCGGUCGGCCGCUCCCCGACGCUAUGGCUCAGCGCGGCCUCUCCUACGAUGAAGUGCUCCAUGAUGACUUUCGUUUCGACCUCAAUGCGCACGACGUCAUGGUCUUCCUGCACAUACAGAAAACUGGUGGCACAUCUUUCGGGAAACACCUGGUUAUGGACCUGGAUCUAAAGAGGCCGUGCAACUGCCAGAGGGCGAGCAAACGAUGCCAUUGUUUUCGUCCGCACAGCAACGAAAUAUGGCUCUUCUCGAGAUACUCUACAGGAUGGAAAUGCGGGUUACACGCAGACUUCACGGAGCUGACGGCGUGCGUCGGCAGCGAGCUGGACCGGCACGAGGGCUCGGCCGUGCACAGGAGAUACUUCUACAUCACCUUACUGCGGGAGCCAGUCUCUAGAUACCUAUCGGAGUACCGUCACGUGAAGCGCGGCGCGACGUGGAAGGGCUCCCGGCAUUGGUGCCAGGGGCGCACGGCCACGGGCCUGGAAGUGCCGGCGUGCUACAGCGGCGAGACGUGGCGCGCGGUGACGCUGGACCAGUUCGCGGCGUGCCCGUGGAACUUGGCCAACAACCGGCAGACGCGCAUGCUGGCCGACCUGGCGCUCGUGGGCUGUUACAACGGCACGCUGCGCCACCGCACGCCCGACUCGGACCGCGUGCUGCUCGCCUCCGCCAAGAGGAACCUCGCCGCCAUGGCCUACUUCGGCCUCACUGACUUCCAGAAGAUAUCGCAGUACGUGUUCGAGGAGACGUUCAACCUGCGGUUCGCGGUGCCGUUCACGCAGCACAACGCGACUGUGUCGGGCGCCACGAUGGCCGCGCUGUCGCCCGCGCAGGUGCAACACAUCAAGCAGCUCAACUCGCUAGACCUACAGCUCUACGACUUCGCCAAGAACCUCAUGUUCAACAGGUUCGAGGCCCUGAAGAAGCGGGACUCCGACUUCGAAUACCGCUGGCGGCACCUGGGCGAGGUGGCCCCGCGCAGCGGCGUCACGGAGUUCGACUGGGACAGCAACCUCGAGGACGCCACCACGGAGAAGUACCGCGGCCGGCGGUAAGCGCUCCACAACACAACACAACACAACACAACGCUAGUCAACCACCCUACUACCUAAACUAGCCGCCAUCGCCAACACGUCAUUCAUAUACAUAAAUGCGUUCGUAGUUACACCAGUUAAUACUGCCUAUUAACUCUAAAUGUUAAAGUAGCUCUGUACAAAUAUUUACAAAUAUCUUCUAGCAGAACUAGUGUUUUGCUAAUGUUUUCUUUAUAGAUUUUUCGUAAAAUCCCUGUCUUUAACUUAUCUUAAAUAUUAUUUUAUGAUAUUUUUCAUCGACGUUGGCAUCUACACAUUGUUCUAUAAUAUAAUUCCAUCCCUUGUUAUUAUACUAUCUAAUUAUAAAUUAUAUUUUAUCCCGUUAUUGUAUGAAAAGAAUGUUAACGUUGAAACAGGGUAGGUAAUGCAUCUAGGAUGAGCCCAACGAAGUAGCCUUUAAUGUAAUUAUCUCGGAAAAUGAUGAGUGACAUGAUUUAUAAGAGUUAUAAGAUACC